UCUCUGCGACCAUCCGGUAUAGAACAUUGCGCAUAAAUUCGCUUCUGCAAAAACAGAUUGACGAACGAUUGAUUUAUAAUUAUUAAUCAUUACUGAGAGAUCUUUCAAUCGAAUUUGGAGCGAAAAUACUGAAGUUCACCAAUCACACUGCUGCAAUUGCAAUCCAACUCUCUUAUUACUUGAUCUUUCAUGGGAAAGGGCAUUUGAAGUCCUUUUGAUAUUCAGUGCAGUGUGAGAAAAUUAUCAUAAUCGGAAAUGUAUAAACUUCCGGUGGCCGUGAUUGUAUUUUUAAUUAGUUGUAAUUCACCCGUAAUAACACAGAGAAGUGCUUUAGAUAAUUUUUUCUCGAUUUCAAUGCUUCGAAGCUUCAAGGAGUGGCUAUCCAGUUCAAUUGGUAAUACUGGUGAUCCAAAUGGGGUCGCAUAUCGAGCAGCGCAAAAACUCCAGAGGGUUCAAACUCCUCUUUCGGAAGACAUUCCCUUUCCUUGUAAUAUAACUGCCGGACGCUCAAAAAGCGUACCUACGUCAGUCCACAAAUUGAGACCAGGAGAUAUUGACGUCAUCGGUGCAAUGGGGGAUUCACUGACAGCAGGAUUCGGACUUUUCGGUUCAGAUAUUCACACUAUGUUCGUUGAAAAUCGAGGUGCUACUGCACUGGGUGGUGGACAAGGUACCUGGCGAGAUACUUUGACUGUUCCCAAUAUCCUCAAAGUCUUCAAUCCGAAACUUGUUGGAUACUGCAAGUCAGAUGCCUGGACUCAUCAGGCGAAGUCCGAGUUCAAUGUAGCCGAAAGUGGCAGCAUGUCAGAGGAUAUGCCUUUCAUGGCUGAAACUUUGAUUAAAAGAAUAAAAAAUGAUGCGCGAGUCGACAUAAAAAAUCACUGGAAACUCGUGAACAUCUUCUUGGGUGCUAACGAUUUUUGCUCUGAUAUGUGUUGGAAUCCAUCGGCUCAGGCGACCGUGGAAAAUCAUAGAAGGGAUUUGGUUAAAACUCUGCGAUUACUCAGGGAUAAUUUACCGAGGACUUUAGUAUCUGUCGUAUCAACUCCUCAUAUCAAGCCUGUUGCGGAGAUGCAGGGACGAUCCAUGCUUUGUACAUUAACAUUUAUUAUAGAGUGUGCAUGCCUUACUGGGGCCAAGUGGAAAGAUCGGAAACAAGAAUUUUAUGACAUCAUGUGGAGUUUCCAACAAGUUGACGAGGAUGUAGCAAACGAUGCUGAAUUUCAACGAGAAGAUUUCGCUGUGGUUUCUCAACCAUUUUUUGUGAAUUAUACUUGGCCUACUCUGCCUGACGGAACAUCGGAUUUUCGGUACAUGUCGACCGACUGUUUCCAUUUCAGCCAACUCGGCAAUGCAAGGAUGGCUUACGCGACCUGGAGAAACAUGCUAGAGCCGGUGGGGGCAAAGUCUCACUUCUGGAGUGAUGUCGGAACUUUACCUUGUCCCUCAGAAGAGCGGCCCUACAUUGCAACCCUGUGGAACAGUUGAAAGCUCACAAAUUUCUGAUAUAAUUCUCUCGAAUUCUAUUUUUGUUAUACAAAAAUAAUAAUAAAUACAACGAUCUGAGUGAUAA